GUGCUACGUUGGAUGAGGCCGGUCAAAUCCUAUGUGAAGCUCGGUCGAGACGUCUGGGACCUGGUCAAGUCUGCUCUGUCUCAGUCCAGCCGUGAUCGUGUUCAGUAUGCGAGGGCGAAGGAUGCGGCCGCCAAGGCUAUGGUCGCCCUGCAGGAGCAGCAGGUGGUCGUCCUUGUUCUGGAGAAGGAGCUGGCUGCGGCGAAGGAGGAGGCUGCCAAAGCCCUUGGCGCCUCCAUUGCGCCGCCCCAACUGGACCUCGGACCCCUCUCGGAGCAGCUCAAGCAGCUGCAAGCAGGAGCUGGCCAGGGGACCACAGUGGAGUCCGUCUUCGGCGAAGCCACCAAGGUCACCAUGGAGUUCGCCAAGCAGCAGCAGACGGCGGCAGCGCCCGAGGCAGUCUCAGCCCCUCCCAGCGGCGGGGCGCAGACCGCCAAUGGUGCAGGAGCGGCCGCCGCAGGUGCUGGUGCGACCGACGCGACUAUGGGUGACGUGGAUGCUGGCUUCAGCGAUCAUCUCCAGGGCGACGAACCUGGAGGGCUCCUGGCAGGGGCCGCCAGCCCUGAG